CCAACCUGCAGAGGCUUGUAGAAACGUCCUGAAUCAUCUAUUAAAGGUCCAAGCUUUCCAUCACUGGCUCGGUGUGCUCGAAAUAAUGAUGAAUUGGUGACCUCAAAAUCUGAGUGGAAUCCGCUGAGGGGGAUGGAUUCGUCGGAGAUUCCAAUUGAGAUUCUCUUACCAGCGGAGAAACCUCUGGUUUCUGCCAGGCUCUCGAUCGCUGAGAGUGGCGAAGCCGAAACGACGCGAGACGGUGGAGAGCACGGGGAAAAUGAUUACGGAGAAGAAGGCAAUGCCGUUGUCGAGGCACCUGAAGAAAUCAGAGACGUUCAAGGACACAUGGGAGAAUCAGCUGUCACCGGCGCAAGCGAGCUCCUCCCUAGCUUCAGUACUGAAGCUGAGAAAGGAACCCUCGCUGAGUCAGGACGAGUUGAAUUGGCCAGUGGAGGCAUUUAUAAAGAAGUUCAACGAGGAGAUGAGGUUGCAGAGGCAGGAAUCGCUUAAUCAAUACAAGGAAAUGAUUAAC